CACGAGUGCCCCCGUGUUGCCAAGUAGGGAACGAGAGAAACUGCUCAAUGAGCCGAGUUGCUCAGAGAACGUGUUCGCAUCCGGCAACCCUCCCCGCUGUCACGCGUCCUGACAAAGAAGACCCUGAUCGAUGAACGAGCUUGCUAUCCUACCUUGCCCGCAACAGUUCCGUGAAGUCCUUGCAUCUCUCGCUGAUAACUCUGCCCCAUCCGCUGCAGAGUCCUGCAAACUACCUGAGAUCUUACCUCUUACCGCUCAUCCAAAUAGCCCCCCUCGAGUACCACAAGCAAGACAACGCACACCAUGCGACUAAUCAUCAGAGACGACCCUCAGGCUGCGUCCAAGUACAUUGCUGAUUAUCUCAUUGAACGCAUCAACGCCUUCAGCCCUACUUCAGAGAGGCCUUUUGUCCUGGGCUUGCCCACAGGAAGCAGCCCAGUCUUGAUCUACCAACAUCUUGUCCAACGCCACAAAGCUGGCGAAAUCUCGUUCCGCAAUGUGGUCACUUUCAAUAUGGACGAGUACGUUGGGAUCCCGCGAGACCACCCAGAGAGCUACCAUAGCUUCAUGUACAAACACUUUUUCUCGCAUGUUGAUGUGAAGCCCGACAACAUCAACAUCUUGAACGGAAACGCACUCGACUUAGAGCUCGAAUGCCACGAGUACGAAGAGAAGAUCAAGCGUGCCGGUGGCAUCGAGCUGUUCCUCGGCGGCAUCGGCCCUGAUGGGCACAUCGCUUUCAAUGAGCCCGGUUCCAGCCUCAAGUCUCGGACCCGUGUGAAGACGCUUGCGUACGAUACUAUACUCGCCAACUCGAGGUUUUUCGGAAACAACCUGGAUCAGGUGCCCAGAAUGGCGCUGACUGUGGGAGUUCAGACAGUGCUGGAUGCCCGCGAGGUUGUCAUCAUCAUCUUAGGCGCCCAUAAGGCCUUGGCCCUCCAGAGAUGCAUCGAAGGCGGUGUGAAUCAUAUGUGGACGCUGUCCAGCCUCCAACUACAUCCGCAUCCAUUGAUUGUCGUCGACGAGGAUGCUACGUUGGAGCUGCAGGUCAAGACUGUCAAGUACUUCAAGAGCAUCGAGAUGGUCGCCAACGAGCUCGGUUUCCGCCAAAAGCUUCCUCGAAAGCGCGACUCGCUCGUCGAACUGGGGACCUUGCCGCCUCCCGAGCCCCAAACAAACGGUAUCAAGUUGACCGUGCCGCAAGUCGACCUCUCGCGCUCAGCGAGUCCGGUUCUAGAACCAAUGAGCGCCCGACUUUCCGACGAGGAAGCGAGAACACUGCGGCCUAUGAAUGAAAUUGAGGACCAGCCAUCAAGCCGGAUGAGCGCUCGCGUCGGCAAUUGAAUCGGUAAACCUUUUUCAAGUGGAUGGUGAGAUUAUACCAGGGCAUAAAUGCUCUCUCCAGGGUAGAGGCUGGCUUCUCAAUCCAUAUUGAUUGCUCUUAUCUUAUAAACUGUUUAGGGAGUUGAAUGGCACUAGAUUGUUAGCAUCAGGGACGUAUAUGGCAGUACCAUCAUUCAGUACAAGACUGUACAGUAUGAGGAUAUGACUUGCAUGAUAGAGCGUUAGAUGCAUAUUUCAAUGAGACCAUGAGGCAGCGGCAA